AUGACAUUGACCGUAGGCGAAGCCCAGGCUGAUGUGGACUGCGUCCAGUCAAGCCUAAGGGUGUCUGCAAGUCUGAUGCACCUCUCUGUGGUAAAGACGGAGCUGCGUCUGCCGAGUUCUUCGCGUGUGCCAGCUGGUAGUAAUUGCGACUCGGAGACGGAGUGUACCAAUCGCCAACAGUGUCCCAUCUGUCGUGAUCCCUGUCCCCGCAGCUCGGACGCCUGGGACGUGCUGUCUGAGGCGGACACAAGGACCUGCAAAGCUGAAAUGGCCAUAACCGUGCUCAGCCUCAUCAAGAAUGCCGGCUCACCGUACAAGCAAUCCAAGCCUCUGUAG